UCGCGAUUUUCUCGCCUCUGUAUGCUUCACUAACGCUAAAUACGAAGGAUGGCAAGUGUGGAGAGUGGUACCCGCCAACGAUUCACACAGAACAUGGCUGAGAGAAAUAGAAUCGAAUCUUGGAGAUGCGCUUGACUUCUGGUCGAGUAUUUCCAAGAUACCUGGCGAAUCAGUCGACAUCAUGGUCCCGCCCCUAUUCCAGGGCACGCUUCCUGACGUCAUGAAGAACAUGGGACUGCCAUAUAAGGUCACCAUCUCUGACGUCGGUAAACUCAUAGCCAAUCAGAUGUCUGCGAUUAAUGAGAGGCGGGAUCGCGAGCCACGGAUAAGCUCAUUGGCGGACUUUGAUUAUAACGUGUAUCAUCCAUACGAUGAGAUUCAGCAAUGGGUGUCUGACAUAGCAGAAGAGUAUUCUGACAUCAUCUCACCCUUCUUAUUGGAUCAUUCCUACGAAGGGCGGGCAAUCAAUGGAUUCAGAAUCCGAGGAACUGGAAGCCAAUCUGAAAACCCAACUGCUGUGUGGUUUGAGGGCGGUAUUCAUGCUCGAGAAUGGAUCUCACCAGCUACUGUCAUGGGAUUCACCCAAAAGCUUCUUGACGACUACAGAAGUGGAGACGUCUUGGCAACAAACAUGCUUGACAACAUAGACUGGUACAUUGUUCCAUCUCUCAAUGUCGACGGCUAUUCAUACACAUGGGGACCUGACCGUUUGUGGAGGAAGACUCGUUCACCGAACCAGGGCUCCUCCUGUACAGGAAAGGAUCCAAACAGAAACUGGGCAUUCGAAUGGGGAGGCGUUGGUACCAGUCCCUGGCCGUGCUCAGACAAGUUCCACGGUCCGAAUCCACUCUCGGAGCCCGAGGUGGCCGCUGUGACCAGGUUCUUAAGGGGGCGCAAAUCAGAGGGCCAGGACUUCAUCGUCUUCAUCGAUUGGCACAGCUACUCCCAGAAGAUCAUCGCACCGUGGUCGUAUAAGUCCGUCGGCACCCGCACCGAGGACUAUGAUGACCAGAUGGCCUUCGCUCAAGCUGUCGCAGAUGCGAUCAACGGUGUCCAUGGCACAGUGUUUACCUAUGGAGCCGGUGCAGAAAUCAUGUACGCGGCGGCAGGAUCGAGCAAAGACUUCGGUUACGCGGACUUCGUCGCGAUGGGCGAAGAUACGGACGGCGGCCUCGGCUGCAAGUAUUCGUACACCAUCGAGCUCCGAGACACGGGCGAGUACGGACAGCUCCUACCGGAAUGGCAGAUCCAGCCAGUCUACGAAGAGAUCUACGCUGCCGUGCGCGCCAUGGGCGACCAUAUCUUGAGAGAACUGGGUUUCAUCGCAUGAGCUGGAAAUAAUGAA